CAGGUCCUGGGGUUAAGCAGGAGAGGUCUGAAGGAGAGGAGAACCCACGACACAACAGAGACAUCCAGACUGGAGCAGCGRCUGGAGUGGCGCCCCCUGUGGCUACGGAGGACUCUUCCACCACCCCAGCRMAGCCCAGGACGCGRCGCAGCAUCACGGAGGUCAGUGGAACGCUGAACGCCGUCCUCAAGUCAGAGACCGACAMAGAGACUUUAAYYGUAACACAAAGGCUUUUGCACACAGGAUCUGACCACAGGUCAGACCCAGAGAGACUGGGGCCGGGGCCACUGGGCUGUCCUCCUGCUCCCGGCUCAGAGUAUUUACUUUACGGUAACCCAAGCCCGARGACGGUUCAUUCUCAUCAGGACUCAGGUGACGUGUUAGAGACUGGCAAUGAUCCGUCUUGUUCUUACACUACAGAGCUGGACACUGGCAACAUUCCCUUGGGUUUAGAGACACAGACUGUUCUCUCUAGAGGGGAUUGGAACCGGUACAGUAGUAGUGUAUAUUCUGAAGAGUGUGUAGAGGGUCUGGUCGUAGAUAAAGUGACUGUGAAAGUGGAGGGUGAUGUCCCUCCCACAUGGAAUGCAGAUAGUCACCUAGGAGACGGACACUCACAGGGCAGAGAUUUCUUAGAAAACAGRGAAAGCUUGGRGACAAAUCCAAAUGUCGUGACCCACUCCCCUUUACACGCAUUCAGCGGUCGCGACCCAGUGUCCACGUCGAUGCGGCCUUCCGAUUYGCACAGCCKUGUMCUUUUYGAUCAGGUAUUGAACUCAAACGACAKGGCUASAGYCCMGGCUCAGGGAGGGGGAGACACAUCAGGCAAUAGUAAAGACAAACGGUUGCUGUACAAGUUCUGUAACAAAGGCUUCAGCUGCACCCAGAAGGUAGAGAUCCACCAGAGGGUCCACACAGGGGAGAAACCAUUCAUCUGUACCGAGUGUCRCAUGCGCUUCGCCCAAGCUGGCACCCUGAAGMGGCACCAGAGGGUCCACACAGGAGAGAAACCCUUCAAAUGUACCCAGUGUCACAUGCGCUUCGCCCAGGCUGGUGACCUGAAGAGGCACCAGAGGGUCCACACGGGGGAGAAACCCUUCAGGUGCCCCCAGUGUGAGAAGAGGUUCUCCCGCCAGGACCAACUGAAGAUGCACCUGAAGAUCCACAUGGAAGAAAGGCCGUUUGCGUACCAGAAAGAAAACGGGGCAUUACGGAGGAAACUACAGCUACUGGAACUGAAGGAGGCACGGGAGCGCGCAGAGAGGACAAUGACGCGAGGGCGCGUCGUCCCAGGGAGUACUACUACGAGUAGUGUCAAUAUCCUGGACCGAUACAGAGGAAUGGCAAGAGGACAUCGCACUGAAGGCCACAGGAGCUUUGUGAAGCCAGCAGGACACAAUACAUGGAGAGAUGACCAACCAAUCACUUUUGAUGAGAGGAGUGGAACCUCAACCCAGCACGUUAUCAUGAUAGAGUCUGCAGAGGCUGAUGGUCCUGAGGUCAAGCUGGAGAGGUCUGAAGGAGAGGUGGACCCACAGCAUAGCAGAGACAUCCAGACUGGARCKCCCCCUGUAGCCACGGAUGACCCCACCACCGCCCCAGUGMAGCCCAGGACCAGRCGCAGCAUCACGGAGGUCAGUGGAACGCCGAACGCCGUACUCAAGUCAGAGACCGAGACUUUAACGGGGCUGGGGCGACUGGGCUGUCCUCCUGCUCCCCGCUCAGAGUAUUCACUUUACGGUAACCCGAGCCCGAGGACGGUUCUAUCACAUCAGGACACAGGUGACGCGUUACAGACUGGCAAUGAUCCGUCAUGUUCAUACGCUACAGAGACCGAGAUGAUACCUAGUGAUAUAUCGGUGGACUUAGAUACACAUACUAAUCCAAUGAGAGGGGACUGGAACCGGUACAGUAGUAGYGUAUACUCUGAAGGGUGCCUAAAUAAGAAAGGGGAGGUUAUAGUCUUAGAUGACAUGAUUGUGAAAGUGGAGGACGACACUCCUCUGACAUGGAAUGCAAUCGAAACUCACUUAGGACACUCGCAGGGCAACACCAGUGACUUCUUAGAUUACAGGGAAAGCUUAGAGACAAAUCCAAAUGUCGCAACGCACUCCCCUUUACACGCAUUCAGGGAUCGCGACCCAGUGUCCACGUCAAUGGGGCCUUCCGAUUCACACGGCCGCGUUCUUUUUGAUCAGGUAAUGAACUCAAACGACAGGGCUAGAGCCCAGGCUCAGAGAGGGGGAGCAAUAUCAGGCAAUACAAAAGAGAAACGGUUCCUCUGCAAGUUCUGUCACAAAGGCUUUAGCUGCCUCCAGAAGGUGGAGAGUCACCAGAGGGUCCACACAGGGGAGAAAUCCUUCAGCUGUACCCAGUGUGAGAAGAGGUUCUCCCACCAGCACCACCUGAAGAGGCACCAGAGGGUCCACACAGGGGAGAAACCCUACAGCUGCCCCCAGUGUGAGAAGAGGUUCUCCCGCCAGGACCAGCUGAAGAUGCACCUGAAGGUCCACACUGGAGAAAGGCCAUUCGCCUGUACACACUGCGGGAAAAGGUUCUCAGAGAGGAGCUACCUCAGGACACACCAGCAAAAACACCAUUCAACUCUAUAACAUAGAAAGUAAACAUUCCACUCGAUAGCUUCUGACGUUUAGAUCAAACCCUGCAUUAAAGACAAAGGUGAAUUUUCAUUGUUGCCAUCAGAAAAUAUCCACAGAUGCAUUUGGAAUAACAAGAGUAACAGAUUUCAGUGUUGAAUAUUCCUGGGUAGAAUAUUGCAUCCAGACAUUGUGUGAUAUAUAAGGCAUAUAUAAGCAUAAAAAGUCUGUUACAURUUGUGUUUCUACUGUGGAGGAUAUAUAAUGUUCAUAAAUGCCUAUUUCAUUACUUCCAUUCAACUACUUAAUUUUUUCCCCUAAACACUUGAGAAGAUGAAUGCAGUAUCAAGUUCAUGCAUAUUUUUUGAUGUGAUGUGAUGUGUGGUUUUCAUAUGGUGUAUUUAAAACUUGUUUAUGUUUAAUAAACAUAUAAUGGGACUUUUCAUUAAGACUUUUAUUCACCCCCCUUGAAUUUCCUCAMAUUUUGUAAUAAAGUAUAAUUAAAAUGGA